CUUUGUGCUGGGCAGAGCUUGCCUGCACCCAGGCACCCCGGGUGUGCGGGGCUGCCGGACAAGCCUCCCCAGCAGCACCCAGAGACGGGCUGGGACGAAGCAGCCCACUGACGAGCUCUGGGGCGGGCACGGGAGCUGGUCUGAGCCUGGCACUGCAAGCCUGAGUCAUGCCACAAGAGGUGUCCAAGCUGAACCUGGGGAAGAAGAUCAGCAUCCCCAGAGAUGUGAUGCUAGAAGAGCUCUCCCUCCUCACUAACAAAGGAUCCAAGAUGUUCAAAUUACGUCAGCUGAGGGUGGAGAAGUUCAUUUAUGAGAAUAACCCUGAUGCCUUCACCGACAAUUCUGUGGAUCACUUUCAGAAAUUUAUCCCACCAGGAGGGCAUUAUGGGGAAGAUGCUCAUGGCUAUGCCCACGGGCGGAUGGUGGGAGGAGUGACAGCUGGGCAACACGGCUCCAGCAAGCAGCAGUAUCCCGCUGGUCCUCCUAGGCCUGGGAGCAAAGAAGGCCCUAGGCAGGGCGAAGGGGAGCACGCGGGGGAAUCGGCUGGAAGUGGCGGAGAAGGAGGCGAUGGUACUGAGAAAGACGGAAAGUCAGGAGGCAAGAAAAUCACUAUAUUUAAAACAUACAUCUCCCCCUGGGAACGAGCAAUGGGUAUCAGCCCUGAGGACAAAAGUCAGUUCACCAUUGACUUACUGUCAUAUAGUCCCAAGGCUGAUUCUCCCCAUUACAAGUCGUUUAACCGGACUGCCAUGCCUUAUGGGGGCUACGAGAAAGCAGCCAAACGGAUGACCUUCAAAGUGCCUCAGUUUGAUAUUUGCCCUUUGAUUCCAGAAUCUCUCAUGAUAUACAAUCAAAAUUUCAGCAACAGACCCUCCUUCAACAGAACCCCAAUACCUUGGAUGCCUUCAGGAGACUCCUCCGAGUAUCAUACUGAGGUCAACGUGCCAAGGAGUGGUGAAACAGAAGAGCUCUAAAUUCCCACCGCCAAAGCCUUCUUUUUUUCUCAGCCCUUUCUAAUAGUCAGUUGGUAGCAAGGAGCUGAAAAG